GUUUUCAGCAUUGGUACCCCGCAAGGCCGCUGAGUUUCUCUACACUACUCUUUUAGCCUCCCGGUACUUUAACCUCAAUACCGGGAACAUGUUUUCUUGCUGUUCAUGUUGACACUCGAGGAUGGCGACAUGAACUCCACUUGAGGUCUGAAGGGAUUAUGUUUCCGGAGAAUUUCGCUCCUUGCUGUGUGGUAUAGUUUUUGAUGUCCAGGUAAUGGAGAUGAUGUUGGUUGGGUUACAUGAACCAGGUUAUCACGUUGGUCUGUGACGCAUUAACCAACCGUGUGUGUUGGACGACAUGUGUACAUUAAUGGGAUGCUUAACGUAAUCCCCGUGGAUUUCCCCUUUUCCAGCACGUAAACUGGCUCUUCUAACCUAAAUCAAAUAACCUAAAGCAUCUGUAAUUAAGCAAAUUAAGAGAUGAAAUGCUAACUGGCAGCUGGCGCACCGUUGGUACAUCGCUUCCUGCUGUCUCCUCGUGUGGGCGUGGUCCAGGCCGGCCUGGCCUCCCAUUGGUCAGCCUCAUCCUGGCAGGGGAAUAUGACGCAGGGAACACCAUGUGACCUCUGGCGCAUCUGUGUCGGUGCGCCUUUCCAUUACUUAUGAGUAUACUCAGCUAUCUUCUUAUUUAGAUGAUGUACUCUUAACUGUGUUAAUCUUUAUGUUGUGCUUAGUGAGCCGAUGCUCUCGUCGGCUGAGUUCAUUAAUGUAAAUGUGAAGGAUUCGUGGGGAAUGUUCAAAUAAUCACACUCUAGGUGAUCAAAUAUUAAUAUUAAUAUUGCACUAUCAAAAGCGAAUCAUAAGAGCGUGUACGUGGUGAUGGCUAUGUUCUUCUUGUACCUAAAUAUGUAUAAAUACAAGUCCUUGAUCGCUCCAGAACAUUAUGAAAAACUCUAAACCGUUAGCAAUUCGUCGAAAGGGAAGUCAUGAGACUGCUGCAACAUUUAUGUAACAGCCUGUUCAUCAUCCAUGUGUCAGGGCCCAUGAGCAAAAUGGAAGUACUUCUCUCAGAGGACUUGCCGGUUUGAGGCCAGAGAAUCAGUUAUCUGUGUGCCUAGAUUGAGGCUUUAUGUUUUAAUUGGUCUGGGAAGAAACUAAACACUCAUUUUAUGGCCUUUCUCUGUGGUAUUUUCUGUAUUUCCUCGUCAAUCGUGCCCUUCAAUCAAAUAUCGCUUUACAUAGACCCACGUAAAUUUAUAAAUCCUCUUUCCUCACCAUUGGCUGUUCUGUAUAAUUGUAGUUAUGGUUGUUAAAUGCGUAGACUGGUUUGGCCUUGGUUUACCAAACGUGCCAUGUUGGGAGACCAUGACUCAGCAGGUUACACAGAGGCCCACCAGCCUAGAGGACAGUGACUUGGUGUCAUAUCUACUCCAGCCCUACCUUUUGGAGGGGGCUCACCUUGCAGCUGUUCUAGGUGUGGGAGCACCUGGCUCUGCCCCCAUGCGGUGCCUCUGCACCAUAGCUGCACCGUAACGUGCUGACUAAUGCUGGCAGGGUCUGGACCAACAGAGGCAGUGAAGAAAUUCCUGUGAGAGCAGAGGCAUAGGGUUGACGUUUUUUUCCCUAAUGCGUAUUGUGUCAAUACCUGUUCCCAUAUCGUCAGUCAAAAUGUCUGCUGUUCUCAUGGUGUUUUGGUUUGGACUGUAUGGCAUGUCAACUAUAAGGGUCUUUACGACGCCUUGACCAAUGCUGAACUAAGGCUGUGACGUAGUUUUUAACAAACGGCGCUCUAGUUGUGUUUACUAUACACUGCACGUGGGCUCUUCCUACCAACGUCGUGAGGGUUAUUAAUAGCGUGGCUCUAUAUGAGCCUAGGGGCUGCGGUGCCUGAGCCAAGCUGCUGUGCGGUGGUGUGACAUGGCUGCGUGGCGAUGUACGCCACAUCUCUAGUCCUUCGUGACCUUGUGCGUGUCCGCAGCGUCGGGGUGGCACGGCCGUUAGACGGACACCACAGGGUCUCCUGGUCCCUGCUCUUGCCCUCGGGGACAAACCGACUGAAUCCUGAGCCCUGCGUUUGCACGCUCGCCGCAUCCUCCUCUUCUGUGGGUGUGAGUGUCGCUGCCGGAGGGGGGAUUGGUCCAUGUAGCGCGCUGAGGUUUCUGUGGCGGUCUUUGAUCGCGUCAAGCCUCUUUGUUCCCAGGAGGAACCGUACGAUCUACGGGGGUACCCACCCAGCAUCAGCAUCCACCAUGCCUCAGCAGAAGACGAUGGACAUGGGCUCGGCCUUCAUCCAGACCCAGCAGCUCGGAGCCGCCAUGGCUGACACCUUCCUGGAGCACCUGUGUCUGCUGGACAUCGACUCGGAGCCCACCACCGCCCGCAACACGGGCAUCAUCUGCACCAUCGGGCCAGCCUCCCGCUCUGUGGACAUGCUGAAGGAGAUGAUCAAAUCUGGGAUGAACGUCGCCCGCUUGAACUUCUCCCACGGCAACCACGAGUACCACUCGCAGACCAUCAAGAAUAUCCGCGAGGCCUGUGAGAGCUUUGAGCCCGGCAGCAUCCACUACCGGCCAGUGGGCAUCGCCCUGGACACCAAGGGGCCCGAGAUCAGGACCGGACUGAUCAAAGGAAGCGGGGAGGCGGAGGUGGAGCUGAAGAAGGGCAACAUGAUCAAGCUGACCCUGGACGACAGCUUCAUGGACAACUGUGAUGACACGGUCCUGUGGCUGGACUACAAGAACAUCCCCAACGUGGUGGAGAUCGGCAGCAAGAUCUACAUCGACGACGGACUCAUGUCCCUGCAGGUCAAGGAGAUCGGCUCAGACUACCUGAUGUGUGAGAUCGAGAACGGCGGCACGCUGGGCAGCAAGAAGGGCGUGAACCUGCCGGGCGCGGCCGUGGACCUGCCCGCCGUCUCGGAGAAGGACAUCCAGGACCUGCAGUUCGGCCUGGAACAGGGCGUGGACAUGGUGUUCGCCUCCUUCAUCCGCAAGGCGGCGGACGUCAAGGCGGUGCGCGCCGUCCUGGGGGAGAAGGGAAAGGACAUCAAGAUCAUCAGCAAGCUGGAGAACCACGAGGGGGUCCGCAGGUUUGACGAGAUCAUGGAUGCCAGCGACGGCAUCAUGGUUGCCCGCGGCGACCUGGGUAUCGAGAUCCCCACGGAGAAGGUCUUCCUUGCCCAGAAGAUGAUGAUUGGUCGCUGCAACAGAGCCGGCAAGCCAAUCACGUGCGCUACACAGAUGUUGGAGAGCAUGAUCAAGAAGCCCCGCCCCACGCGCGCCGAGGGCAGCGACGUGGCCAACGCCGUGCUGGACGGCGCCGACUGCAUCAUGCUGAGCGGGGAGACGGCCAAGGGCGACUACCCCCUGGAGGCCGUCCGCACGCAGCACAUGAUCGCCCGCGAGGCGGAGGCGGCCAUGUUCCACCGGCAGGUGUUCGAGGACCUGCGGCGCAGCACCCCGCCCUCCACCGACCCCGCAGAGGCCAUCGCCAUCGGCUCCGUCGAGGCCUCCUUUAAGAUUCUAGCCGCCGCCUUCAUUGUGCUCACAAACUCUGGAAGGUCCGCCCACCUGAUCUCCAGGUACCGCCCCCGCGCCCCCAUCAUCGCGGUGACGCGUAGCGGGCAGACGGCCCGCCAGGCCCACCUGUACCGCGGCAUCUUCCCCGUGCUCUACAACCGGCCCGCCCACAACGUCUGGGCUGAGGACGUCGACCUGCGCGUCAACUUUGCCAUGGAGAUGGGCAAGGCCAGGGGCUUCUUCAAGGACGGCGACGUGGUCAUCGUGCUGACCGGCUGGCGCCCGGGCUCCGGCUACACCAACACCAUGAGGGUGGUCAUCGUGCCCUAAGGGUCUCUGGCCUGCUCACCCCCCCCCCCCCCCCUCUGCACACCUUCCGUCUCAUUCCUCUGCAACACUCAGCCUUCUCCCCCAGCUGCCCACGCACCAGUUUAGUCAUCAGACACACGCGAUAAGGUUCCUCACCCCCAACACGCGGCCUGACGGCGGCAGCGUGUCGGUCUCUAUAUACACUCCAUCCUUCCUCACGCUGACGUCUCUCUGAAACUCUCCAGGGCGGCAGCUUGGUACACUCCGACCACGCCCUCCUGUAUUUAUUCCCUGGUAGUGAGAGGCCCGACGGGUUUAGCACGCCGGUAGCUGGGUUUCA